CACCCGAGAGGUUUUAUUUUGAUGUCAUUCAGCCAGGAAGCUAGGCUAGCAACUUGCUAGAGGCUAGCUUGCUAGCUAACUAGUUGUUAGCAGUCUUGUGUUACCAGCAGCAUACACUAAAUAGUUGUAAUAGUAAAGCUUCGACAUUAGUUUUUUUUUAUCUCCAAAGUCUAUACAGAGACGUUAGUUGUAAUGGUAAGGUUUCUGUAGGGACGUACGUUUGUUAAAGUGUCUACAUAACGCUCGUUAAAGAAACAUUCUGCAACAAAAUCGAUGGUGUUUUUUCCUCUCCCAAACCAAAAUUGAUAGCGUCUCCUUUUUAAAAGAUAACAACUGACUCUGCCCACCAACGUUUGCCCUCCCCUGGGAAUCCCCUUAACAUCAAGGGUAGAAUGGCCCACUGUAGAACCUCACCAAGCCGUUGACACAGUGUGUUUUUCAAAGAAGCAGCCAAAACAGUUGGAACUGAGGAGACUGAGCUACUAACGGACACAGCCAAUCAACCGACACAUGAAGAGUCAAUUUCUCUGUUACAUGGAUGGCGGCCGCAGAGUGCCUCAGAUCAGCUUCUGCAACCUUCAAUGGAUUCAGAGCGCCUCUCUCCAACACUCAAGAGUGACCAUAUAAGUGAGGGAAGAACAGGUUUGCUCCGUAAAAGUGUAUCAGUGGAGGCGCGGGACUCUCUUGCUGAGCUAAGAGGACACGUGCAAGAUGGGAGCUUGACUUUCCCCUUGCCGGGACACAAAACAUGGACAAGAGCUGAUUAUAUGCAGGAGUCUGCAUCAGAUAGCCAUGCAGACUGUCCUGCUACAAACAAAGCAUCUUAUUCAAACAACUACAGACAUUCCCCCUCCUCAAUGGAAGCAACAUCUAGUGGGGUAACGGACAACAGGAAGUCCUCCAAGGCAAAUGAGGAACUGGGGGAGGAAGAGAGGAGGAAGUGGAUGGCCUUCAGACAGAGAAAGAAAACCAGCAGGGUAGUUGGCCUGCAUUCUGGUCGAAGGAAGCAACCCCAGUUGGAGCCAAUCGUCUUAUCGAGUGAGGAAGACGAGCAGGAUGAAGGUGAUGAGAGCAGCCAGAUGGACAAAACCGGUCAGAAUAAAAUUCCUCAUCAGUUUGCAGGAAGACACUCUCUCCCAAGGCGAGACGUGGUCUCAGAGCCGCCUUCCUUCCUGGAACUGGACUUUUUGUUGCUUCACUGCGGCCUGACACGUGCUGAUGCCAACGGAAAGAUGAUGAUUACGUCAAGUGGAAUCCUUCUACCUCUAAAAGGAAAAGAAGAAGGCGAGGUCAGUGUUGUGGCGUCACAGGUGCGAGGUUAUGGUUUAUGGGACGGUGAUAUAGUUCGAGGCGGGACUUUGCUUGAUGAACUGGAAGGGCUGGCCCACUCGCUGCUCAUUCUGUGGGUGACGGACGCUCAGGCCAACAUGCUACAGCGAGAGAUGGCUAUCCUUCACAACUCUACUGCCAAAGGUCCAGCCUGCUUCAUCCUGCUGCUGGUGAUGACAGAGCAGCUUUCUGAGCUGCAGGCUGCACUGCUGGCUUCUAUGUUGGAGAUGACGGACUUCAGGGAGGGCCGCGCUUCUUCAGCAGAGCAGCCGACCUCUCCCCUGGACUGGAGUGAUGGACAGUUGCUCCUUCAGAGCUGUCCGCCACCCUUGGAUGAGCACCUCCUCGAUCUGCUGGGCCAGUUGCCAGAGGUGUCUAGUACGUCGGCAAGACAAGGCAUAAAACAGUCAUCUGCUCUGCCAUUUGCCAGCAGGUUGAUUCAGUAUCCAGCAGCGCCGUCCAGAGGCCGUAUCACAGUAACUAAAGAAGACUUGUCCUGUCUGGAAAGAGGCGAAUUCCUGAAUGAUGUCAUCAUCGACUUUUACCUCAAGUUCCUCCUCCUGGAGGGUGGAGGCUGUGCCGUGGCAGAGCGCAGUCACAUCUUCAGCAGUUUCUUCUUCAAACAGCUCAGCAGACGGCAAGUCGCUGAUGAAAGGGUCGCUGCUUUCCAAGAUCCAUACAUGAGACACCAGCGUGUGAAGACGUGGACUCGCCAUGUGGACAUUUUCAACAAAGACUUCUUAUUUGUGCCCAUUAAUCAGGACGCACACUGGUUCCUGGCGGUGGUUUGUUUCCCAGGUCAGGAUGGUGUCCAUUAUGAGCAGCAAACAAGUACAUCCAGGCUUGUCAGUCUGAGAUCAGAGCAGCCGCCGGCGUGUACACAGCAAGGCUGCACGAGGAACACUGUGUUGACACGGCCGUGUAUCCUGGUCAUGGACUCUCUGAAACUACUGCAUCAUGAACAUGUUUGCAAGCUUCUGAGAGAUUACCUGCAGGUGGAGUGGGAGGAGCGUAGGGAGCUGCAUCGUGUCUUCUCCUCAGACAACAUGCACAACUGCAGCUGCAUCGUCCCACAGCAGGACAACAGCACCGACUGCGGUCUGUAUCUGUUGCAGUACGUGGAGAGCUUCCUUCAGAACCCUGUGGUGCACUUUGACCUCCCUCCACAUUUGGUUAACUGGUUUCCACGACAUCGUGUGCGACAGAAACGUGAGGAGAUCCGAUCCUUGAUCAUGAGGCUACACAAAAGUCAGUCACAAGCCUAAACUUAUCUGAUGAUUCACUGUAUAGUGUUGGUCUUCUUUGCCUUAAUGUUCUUUUAUUUAUUCAUCUUCACACUCAAUAAAGUCUCAAUCAGUCA